CUCCAUCUCAUCAGUCAUCCCAAACGAUCAUGCUGUCUCUCCUAGCCCAGCAAGUGACCAGUCUUGGGCCGGCCUUGCUGCGGCCCGCAGCCAUACCCCUGCUGCACGCCCUCCAACGCGGCUUUGCGUGUUCGGCGGCGGCGCACCAGGCCAGCGCCGAGCCGCAGCCGGCAGAAGAGGUGCCGCCAAACCGCCGCUUCGCCGCCCGCGGCGGCUUUGACUUUGCCACCGCGGCGCCGCAGACGCCCGCAGAGGUGCCCGAGGUGGUGGGCUCCGUCCACAGCAUCGAGUCCUUCAGCGCGGUGGAUGGGCCCGGCGUGCGCUUCCUGGUCUUCGUGCAAGGCUGCGGGCUGCGCUGCGUCUUCUGCAGCAACCCCGACACCUGGCACAUGGCGCGCGGCAAGCUGACGAGCAGCAAGGACCUGGCCAAGAAGCUGGAGCGGGUGAAGCCGUACCUCAGCCAGGGCGACCACAAGGGCGGCAUCACCAUCAGCGGCGGCGAGCCGCUGCUGCAGCCCGAGUUCACUGCAUCGGUGUUGAUGGAGGCGCACACUCGCGGCCUGACCACCUGCAUAGACACCACGGGCCAGGGCAUGAAGCACUCCCACUGGGACAAGGUGCUGCCACACCUGGACUAUGCGCUGUUCUGCAUCAAGAGCCCCAUCCCAGAGAAGUACGAAUGGAUCACCAAGCGCAAGAUUGGGCCGGCGCUGGGGUUUGUGGAUGAGCUGGAGCGCCGCCAGAUUCCCUACUGGCUGCGGUAUGUGAUGCUUCCCGGCAAGACGGACCAGCCCGAGGAUGUGGCGGCGCUGAUCCAGUUCUGCCGCAACAAGCGCAGCAUGCAGGCCAUCGAGGUGCUGCCCUACCACCUGCUGGGCGUGGAGAAGUGGGCAUCCGAGGGCAAGGAGUACCCGCUGACCGGCAUGUCCAGCCCCAGCGCCGAGGAGGUCAACGCGUUCCUGGCGCCGCUCAAGGAGGCCGGCAUCCCGGUGCUGUGCAACAAGUUCAACAGGGAGGAGGAGGAAUGA